ACUUUAAUUAAAGCAGGCAUCACCUGGGUUGGCCUUAUUCAUCCGAACCCGCGCCGCACGUGACCAACUCCAGCGUCCACGGUAUCGCUCGACGAAACCCUUCUUCAUCCUCCGAGAAAUCACAGACGGAAUACCAAUCUCAGAUCCUUUUUCCAUUGAUCAUUUGUUUUUGGGAUUAGAUUUGGAAUCGCAAUCCUUUCUUUUUGAUCAACUAAAAGCCCUAUAUCUCUCUCUCUGAAUCGAAUGCCAGAUAGAUAACCUGCAAUGGAUAGAAUGAUUUCUAAGAAACCAAGCAGCUGCGCCAUAUGUGAGAACUCAAACCUCCCCUCCUUUUGCGCCGGUUGCGUCAAUUACAGAUUAAACGAAUGCUACGCUUCCCUAAGAUCUCAGCAGAGCAAGCGGAACUCUCUUUACGCGAGGCUGGAGAGGACGCUGGAGGCAAAGAGAAAAAUGGAAGAGCAACUGAAUUGGAGACUCGAGCAAAAAGCAAGAAUAAGAAAGUUGAAGGAGCGACUGCAGAGCAUGCAGAAGCAGCUCUCGCAAGAAAGAACAAUGGUUGCAAAAGAAUCAGAAGAUUUAAAGAAAAAAACUGAGUUCGUGGAGUCUGCUUUCUCAAGGUUGAAACAAAGUCGAGCUGAUCUCGAGAACAAUUUUCACAGUCUGAAGUGCACUCAUGAAUUCAGGCUUAUGGCAAUCAGCUCUGAACUCCUGCACAAACAAGCAGUGGUGGUGAAACAAAUAUGCAGCCUUUUUCCUAUGUGCCGGAAAAACUAUGACGCGGAGAAAAGGAAUGGUUCAAACGGUUCAUAUGAUACAAUAUGUGGUGCUCGUUUGCCUAGAGGACUUGAUCCACAUUCAGUUCCAACUGAUGAGCUUUCAGCAUCAUUAGGAUAUAUGAUUCAACUUCUGAAUCUUGUCAUUCCAAGCCUAGCUGUUCCAACUCUGCACAAUUCAGGUUUUGCGGGUUCUUGUUCGCGCAUAUGGCAACGAGAUUCUUAUUGGGAGGCACGUCCAUCCUCUCAAAGCAAGGAAUACCCACUUUUUCUACCUCGGCAAAAUUUCUAUUCUUCUACUGGCGAUGCCUCUUGGUCGGAAAGAAGUUCCAGUAACUUUGGUGUUUCUUCAGUAGAAUCAGAGAAGAAGCAUUCUUUGGAUUCUGCUCCAAGUACUAGCUUUAAUUACUCCACUGCCUUUGCAUGUUCUAUAGAGACCCAACAGGAUUUGCAGAAAGGGAUUUCACUGCUCAAAAAAAGUGUGGCAUGUAUUACAACAUAUUGCAAUAAUAUAUAUUGCUUGGAGACAUCGACAGCAGCUUCCACUUUUGAAGCAUUUGCCAAAGUAUUGGCCACUUUGUCUUCUUCUAAGGAAAUGAAGGCCAAGUUGGCAAAAUCAAAGUCCGAUAAUCAACUACAGCCACUGAACAAAUCAGCAUGGAAUGUAAACUCCACUGCAUCUACCAGUUCUUUGCUUGACAGUGUGCAUAGUAUGAUUAUAAUGGGAAGCACUCGAAAUAAUCUCUCAAACUCUGCUGCCAGUUUUCUUUAUGCUGAUACUUCCGAGACCAGAAAAUCAGAAACCUUGGUGGAUGGAUGGGACCUGAUUGAACACCCUAUACUUCCUCGACCAUCUCAACCUGAAGACAUCGAACACUGGACGCGGGCCAUGUUCAUUGACGCAUCCAGUAAAUAGCAUUGGCGGCAUGGCUUGUAAUUCUUUUGUACAUAAAUUUAUUUGUCUCAAAUGUUAUAUUUGUCCAUGGUAAGCGUCCUUGGAUGGUAGCCUUUGAUCCAAAAAAUUGGUUUUUUAAUAUAUAUACAUGAAUUAAAAAUGGUAAAUAUUUGGCAUGCAGUUCUGAUUUUA